AUGCAAUUGCAAGGAAACGUCUUCCUAAUGGAAUUGCCCAUCAAGAUGCAUUUUUACCGGCAGCCAAAUAUUAAUUUAAACGGCCGUAGAAGAUACGCAACACCUCCACAGCAAAUAGCGGCUUUCAAUAGAAGAUCUAAUCCCGAAAUAGUUUCAUCAAUUAACGGAGAGUGGAUUAAAACCGAUAAAGAUGUAAUUAUCGGGGAAGAAAUAUUGAAUUUAAACCCAGAAGACAAUUAUAAUAUCCAUAUUCCAUACCGUCGUGGUGAGCUGAACAUCCAUUCAGGCCCCGGUGGAAGUCUCACUGCGGUACUAGCAGAUUUGAAAACAAUUUGGGAGUAUGUUAUUACCGAGAAACUGAAAAUUCCAAUCCAAGAUUUGAAACACUAUCGAGCAGUUCUUGUUGUACCUGAUAUAUAUAAUAGGCAAUAUUUAAAAGAAUUGACAACUUUGCUGUUAAUUGAUAUGAAUUUUGGUGGUUGCUUUUUAUUACAGGAUCACGUAGCGGCUACUUUUGGAGCGGGUUUAGGAUACGCUUGUGUGGUUGAUGUAGGUCAUGAAAAAACCUCUGUUUCUUGUGUAGAAGAUGGCAUUUCUCAUAGGAACACUCGCGUAAGAAUGGAUUAUGGGGGUGGUGAUAUAACACAGACUUUUUUCUGGCUGCUACAAAAGUCUGCGUUUCCUUAUCAGGCUUGUCAGCCUUUUAACAAAUUGGACGCUGUACUACUGGGAGAUCUUAAAAAAGAUUUUUGUCAUGUUGAUUUAAAUAUCUGUGGCUCGCAAGAAAAGUCAUUUCUUGUUAAAAAACCUAAAUCACCGGUCGAAAAAUACACACUUCAGGUCGGUGAUGAGUGUUUGAUAGCACCACUGAGUCUUUUUCAACCUGAACUUUUUAAAAUAACUGGAGUGCAUAAUGUACAUAUUCAAAAACGUUACUAA